CCGCAAUCAGGAGGCGGCGAGGAUGGGAGGUGAGGGAGACUCGGGCUUUCUCCUCACAUUUCGGCCUUUUAUGUCCCGGCAGCAGUGAGGGAAUGUGAAGGUGGCGCGGACAGGACGCCCUUGAGUUUAAAUAUUCCCAGGCCGAGCGCGCUUUCAGUGAAAUAAUUUGAACAGAAGAAGAAGAAGAAAAAAAGAAAUAGGUAGAUGAUGCUGGCGGAGCAGUCGCAGACAUGGUUCCCUACCCAUGUCCAAGUGACUGUCAUGCAAGCUCGGGAUCUCAACCCCAAAAGCAAAACCGGUACCAACGACACGUAUACCAUCAUCCAGCUGGGCAAAGAGAAAUAUUCGACCUCGGUGGCGGAGAAAACCUUGUGCCCGGUAUGGAAAGAGGAGGUGUCCUUCGAGUUCCCUGGGCUGCUACUGCAGGGGACUCCAGAGAAAUACAUCCUCCACCUGAUCGUCAUGCACCGUUCCCUUGUUGGGCUGGAUAAAUUCCUGGGUCAGGUAGCCAUCUGCCUCAAUGAACUUUUUGAAAACAAAUCGAGGAGGCAAAAGGAGUGGUUCAAGUUGGAAUCUAAACCAGGAAAGAAGUCAAAAGAAAGAGGUGCAAUUCAGGUUUCCAUCCAGUUCAUGCGAAACAAUAUGACUGCAAGUAUGUUCGACCUUUCCAUGAAGGAUAAAACAAGGUCCCCUUUUGCCAAACUGAAAGACAAAAUGAAGGGAAGAAAAAAUGAUGCCACUUUUUGUGAUCAUUCAUCUGCAAUAAUUCCAAGUACAUCUGCUAACCCUGAUCAAGAAGCCUUGGAGACAGAUUUACAGCUGAAAUCAAAGCCAAAAAGAGCCUUUCUGUUGGGACCACAAAGGUUAUCAUCUGCACAGUCAAUGUCAGAUUUACCUGGUCCCCGUCCAUCACUGGGAAAAAUCAAAUCCAAUACCAUAGGCCAUGUAGUCUACAAACCUCCCAUGGAUUCUGUUCACUCCAGUGAAGAAAAGGAUCGUGACUCCCUGGCCAAAUCACCUCACCGAAGAUCACAAAGCAUGGAUACCUCCAAGGUGGACCAAUUUGACCUAAUUUCUGUCACAAAGAAUGGAACUGAUCCAGCAAAGCCACCAGCUGAUCCAUUUUCAAAGCAAGACUUGUAUAUACCACAAAAAGCUGCCACACUUCCAAGAAGCAGAAAUCCUUUUGACAACUGCAGCAGCUCCUGGAAGGUCACAGACACAAGUUUUGAAACCACUACAAAUUACAAACAUCCAGAAAUUAAACGAGAAACCAAGAGAGACAAAGAGAAGGAUAAAAUUAGCCUCUUUGCACGUGUGACUGGCAAGAAAGAUGUCAAAAAGUCUGAAAAGGCUAGCAACGUGAAGUCAGAUGGUACUAGUGAUGCAAAUCCACUAAACCCAUUUUCAGGAAACUUUCACAGCAGUUGUGAAUUUGACUCCAAAAAUCCAUUUGCCACAAAAUACAACACAAUUGAUAUGUCCAGUUUAACCAAACCUACAAAUUCUGAAGAUACAAAAACACUAGUAUCCACUGACAGACAUAAAUGUCAAGAAAAUAAUCAACAUUCAAGUAAUGCAUUCAAGCAACAUCACUUUGAACGCUAUGGGGAGAAAAACAGAGAUCUCCGUCUGCUUGCCACUGGAUAUCGUAAUUUAUCAUAUGAUGAGCUGAUCUAUGAACUUGUGAAGCAAAAAGAACUUGUUAAGAGAAAAGAUGGUCAAAUCCGGGAGCUUGAGGACUACAUUGAUAACCUUCUAGUGCGAGUAAUGGAAGAAACGCCCAGCAUUCUGAGAGUGCCAUACGAGCCAUCUAGAAAAGCUGGGAAGCUUUCAACAAACAAUUGACAUAAUUAACAUUUUGGAAUUGACAAAAUAUGCUUAAUGCCUGUGACAAAAAGCGAUGGCAACUUGAAGAUCUUUAUAGACCAUGAAUUGGUAAAGAAGUUUACAGAAUGGUAUUACUCUUUUCAUAGUGGCUAUUAAGUAAUUGUUGCCAGGCAAAGUAGAAACUAUAUAUCUUAAAUCCCUCUCUCUCUACCUCUCCAUCCAUCUCUCUCACUCUCACUCUCACUCUCACUCUCACUCUCACUCUCUCUCUCUCUCUCUCUCUCUCUCUCGCUCUCUCUCACUCAAUUUGGCUAACAUUUAAGAAUGAACUUUUUUCAGUUUGUUUUUAGCAAAAUAUAAUUCAUACCUUGUAUAGAUUAGCAAAUACAUAGUGACCUCACUGGUAGGUUGACCUGGGGGAAUCCCUCCUGAGUGACACUCACCUAUUGACCUUGCAUACUGUAUUUAUUUUUAUAUUAUCUUUUCGGAUAGAACGUAGCAACAAUAGAAUGAAAAAGCAACUCUAAAGUGAAUAUAGCUUUGCAGUAAUGUUUCAUCUAAAUAGCUCCAGUACUAUUACAUACCUUUUGGGAACGGUCCAACAUUUAUUUGGGGAGUUUCACAGUGAAUUUGGUGUUGCAGUUUCUAUUAUAUGCUAGAAGCCAUUAAUACAUUUGAAUGGAUUGGAAUAAAAUAUCAGUAUACUCAGUGAUGCCAAAACUGAUCACCUUUUACUUGCCUAUAACUUGAUUAUCUGUUGUAUUUGUGUACUUUGGGGAAGGGUCUGACAUAUUUAAUGGGGAGAUGUUCACACAAUAAAUUUAGUGGUGUGUUUUCUAUGGUAUUGCAGCAGGCAUUCAUACACUUCAGAGACAUUGUGUUCAAAUGUAUUCAACUAAUGUUCUGUGAUGCCAAAACAGAUUGCUUACUACUUACCUAUUACUUGAUUGCCUAUUGUGUUUCAAUCUUCCGGUACUUCCAAACCAACACUGGAUUUUUUAUUUUGUUCUUGGGAGCUGUCUACAACUGUAUUACCACAAAAUAUUUGAUUUAACUAAAAUUGCAAUACACUUUAAAAAAAUGUUUCCUAUUUUCAUUUUAUCUGUAUUUCUUGAAGGAGUAGGAAAUUUUAGGUAGAAAUAGAAUGGACAACUUUUUUUAAUUGAACAGAUUGAUUGGAAUACUUACAUUUGUUAAAAUGUUAGUUGUGGCAUCUAAGGCAGCAGUUUUACUGGCAUUUUUGCAUUUAAGAGAAGUUGGGUUAAUGUUGUUUAAAAUGCAGCACCAUAACUUAAACAUUGGAAACUGAGAAUGUGACCAUGCCUUAUUCUCUGCCUAAAUCACACCUGUCUCGUACUGGAUUGGGAUGAGUGCAGUAUAACUCAGAUCUGACAUAUUUUGUAUUUUUGAAAUGUACUGAGAUUUCAUUGGAAGAACUAGUUUCAGCAGCGAAUUCUUCAUAUAGUUUUAAAUAAAAAUGUCAAGUUCUGUCAAUUUAAAAAGCAACUGAUCUGAAUAAUAGUUCUAUUAAAUUUUAUAUUAAGUUAUAUACAUUUUUGUAAGACUUUUUUUGGUAGUUGUUCAGAAUAAAAGUUGUGCAUUUUAUGCCAAACUGUAUCUAAGGUUUCUUGUGCAUUUUAAAUAGAACCAGAACUACAUUACUGACUAUCCUUUAAGUGACAGUUGAUCAGUGUUCAUUGAGACUUAAUCCAAACAUAUUUAUACUCAAUCGAUUGUCCCUUUUGACAGUUAUUCAAAAUACAUUAUGUAAUGCUACAUUUUAAUGGACACAAUCUGUGGUUGGAAUCUACUGUCACUUAGCCUUCUGAGUAUCUUAGAGUACAUAGUGUUCAUUGCAUACAGCAGAUAGCUGUUUCUUGUGUUUGUCAAGAAUCACUUAUUGUAAACUGUAUUGACAUCAAAGUUUUUAAGCUGAUGGUGAAACCUACCUUAGCCAUUCAAAGUUAAUUAACUGGCUGCAAUGCAACAAAACAGACCUCAACUGAGGAGAACUAGUUGCUGGGUGAAGCUGCUUGUCUUGAAGACUUGACACGUACCAUGUAAAAUAUUUAAAUGGUUUAAGUACCCAAAGAGUCUAUUUAAAUGCUGUCUGCCAGUAUUGCUUUUGCAUAUCUGAAAUUAAAUUUGCACCAAAAGGUUGAAGUUAUUUAAUUUUGUGCUUUUGGUUUUCUUUUAAUGUUUCACAGAAAAAUGCCAGUUUUUGUAAAUGUAUUAUUUAUUUUUCACUCUUGAAGGUACUGACUGUAUAACUUUAAACUGUUUAGAUAUAAAUACAAUCAAAUUCUUAACAUGCACACACUAACAUUAUUUUGUAUUGACUGCAAAAAUAAAGUGUAGUGAACUUUUGAAGUAAUGUUCCAUAGCUAUAAUUAAGCAGUUCAGACAGUUAUCCAUGCUGAUUUAGGAUGCAUUUUUAAGAAGAAUAAUGCUUGAAUUCAUCUUCAAGGAUCCCACCCUUUAGGGAGUUGAUGUAAUUAAUGUGUUAUUUCUAGAAUAAUACCAAUAAUUGUACUAUCAUUGAGACGAGAUUGUUAUGAAUUUGUAAUUUUUUUUAGUGAAUAUCCAUAAGUGUAUUGCAAGAUGCCCUGACGGCUGCAUAAAUUACUAACCAGUUUACUGCAGAAUCUGCACAUCAUUUGUAAAGGAUAUUUAUUGAACUUUUAUGUGACUCAGAGGUUUUGGUAAGAUAUCCUCUAUAUUGCAUAUAUUCUUCACAUUGUCUAAACACUAUCACUUAGUUUCUCUACAUCUUAAAACCAUUUGUCUUUAUUGGGUAACUGCAGUGGAAAACUUUUAAAGUAAGCAUUAAACUCAUUUCCACAUUUUAUCUGAAAUAGAAGCUAGAGUGCAGAUUGGGAACAUUGAAAUCCAUAACUUAUCUACUUGAGUUAAUUACUCUAACUGAAGUUACUGAUUGAGAUAAGAACUCCACAUUUGUGUGCAAUCAUAUUUGCCAAAUUGGACAAACUGAUAAAAGAUAAGUGUUUUGGUCCACAUUGCAUAAAGUAUAUGUCAACUCUAUUUGCAGUCAGUAUGAGAAGUGCACCAAUGAAAACAGUGGGUGCCAGUGCUUUUCCUUUGGUUCUUCUGUGGAUUAAAAAAGACUAAUUAAUUAAAAUUUGAACUUUCCCAGUAAUAUACAGCUACUUGUUUCACUUGGUUUGUAUAUCCCUGCAGUUAUCUACUUUUCUUAUGACCUGUUGUGUUCCAUCGAAUUUCUAUUGAGUGCACUCAGUUACAUAUUGUGGCACACAGAUACAUUUGCAAUGCUUAUGCAUAGUUUUUCAGUGAAUUAUUUAUCAUCCUCAUGCAUCUGAGAUUUUUAAAUGUUUUGAUCAUGUAUAAUUAUAAGUAGCUGAAAGUAGUUUGACGCUUCCUUUUAAUUUAUUAGAUUUUUAGAAAUCAAUCUAAUGAAUGCACCAUCAUCCUGGAAGAGUAUUGCAACACAAAAUGGUACUUAAGUGAUAUGGAUAACCAUAGAAUCAGGGAAUUUUACAGCACAGAAGGAAGCAUUCAUUCCAUCAUGUCUGUGCCAGUUUCUGAAAGCUAUCCAGUUAAUCCCACUCUCCAGCCCUAUCUUUGUAGCCCUCUAACUUCAUCAGUGGUUAUAUUUAAAUAACCUGAGGUGCUACACUAAAAGUAUUUUGAACAAAUACAGUACCUGAUUUCUGUAAUAUUUGAAUAUUUUACAAAACUGAUGUAAUACUCAUUCAUACAUGUGAAGCAAAGCUUUAUGGAGGACUGAUGUUUGUUUUAAUGUACCUGGGCAUGAUCUGCAAAAGAGAUGUGACUUUUUAAAAUGAGUGUGUAAGAUUUCAUGUGGUAUAUACUAUGUAAAAUAAUGACAUUUCAAAAGUGAAAAUGUUGCUGGUCAUUCAGUGUAGUUCAACAUGUGUAUGUGGCAAAUUAAAAAAAAGAUCAUUUCCAAAUGAAAAAUGAAGCAUGCAGACAGCAUCUAUGUUCUGUAUUAAAUGGAUAUGAAUAUUUGUCUGAUAUUAUAAAUAAGCUAAGAAAAAUGGCUGUAUGUAGCUUUGGGUAUGUAUUUUAUUAUGAAAGAAUGGAAUUUAAAUAGCUUUCAGUAAAUUGAUUGCAUGUUUAGAAAUGACAUUGGAUUGAAAGGAAAGUACCAGUGGUAUUAAUCUGCUAAUGACUUAAUGAGUAAGUUCAGUAUAAUUAUGUUUGCACUGUAAUUAAGUUGUGACAAAGCACAUCUUUCAUUACACGUAUUAAACUUCUAAAUGCAUUCUGCAUUUGUAGCCAUGCUUGAAAUAUUGCUAAGAACCAUAUACUGCACGUAUAAUAUAUAAUAAAGCAUAUUAAAUAUA